AUGGAAGACAAACCAGAUACAUCUAGAUCUACUUCAGUUUUAUCUUCAAGAUCGAAAGAAAGUGAGAUCAUUAAAACUCCAUGGUAUUAUUGGAACGUUAUUCGUAAAGCAGUGUUAUCAAAAACAAAGCCAAAACCUAGCAAUAUAACUAUUGUUCAUGGCGUUCAGCAAGUUGGAAAUAUAUAUGCCGAUGAUAUAGUAUAUAGAGUCAUAUUUAACAUCAACAUAAAGUCUCAUAUCAUCCUUGAUAGCACUGGCUUUCACUUAUACAGAAAAACUGGACUGAAGGAAUUUUAUAAACUACCAACUCUUAUAACCGACUUUUUAUAUGCUCCUGAUGUAAAUCAAUAUGUUGGCUGGUGUCAUGACAGAAAAUUAAAGGUCUUAAAUGACAACUUUGAAGUAAUAUCCACUGCUAAAUCACCGGAUAGAAUUGCAUGUGCGAAAUAUAAUGAGACAACUAAUGAACUAUUGACUGGUGGCGUAGGAAAUAUAACUAUAUGGACAUUCAGGCAUAGUGCUAGACAUUUAGUUCCCAGCCAGGUUAUUCAGGAUCAAUUAAAUCAGAAAGAUACCGUUGAACUACUAGCUAUGGAACAAACUGCUAGCCGAUCACAAAGAUGUUUUGGUGCCGUUAAUAACUCUGUUAUGAUAUUUUAUACCCGAAAGAAUCAACAUAUUGGAACCCUAAAAGAUAUUCAUAUCAAGAAAAUAACUUGCAUGAUAUUUUACGACCCGCUCAAGAACCUUGUUACGGCUGGUAAAGACGGGUCAGUCAAAGUUUGGGAUAACAAUUACAACUUACGCUUAGUAUUUGUUGGACACUCUGACGAAGUAACAUGUUUGUCCAGUUACCCAUUUGGUCCCUAUAUCGUAUCUGGUUCAAGGGAUACCACAAUGCGCGUAUGGAGUUUAGAAACAUUUGAUGAAGCGGACAAAAUUGUUAAUGACGGACCAGUAGAAGGGCUUUGGUCUAGGGGUGGUUUCGAUUAUAUGUUAUCCUUCACUUCCUGGGGUGUUCAUGGUUGGAAAAGUAAACAUUGCCAUAAUGUUCUUGCUGCCAUAGGGAGCAUUGUCAAAAAUAUAAAAUACUUUUCUCACCCAAAGUAUCCUCCUCGAACCUUCUGUAUUGCUGCUGAUAGCGCAGUGCGGAUGAUCGAUACAGAUGAAGGGGACAUUCUGUCUACAUUACUGAUGCCAAUGUCAGUAGCAAUAUUGGAUAUUGGAUAUUCACAUAAAACAGAUUUACUAUUCGCAGCUACUAGUGAUGGAAAAGUUGUCAAGUGCAAACCAUCAACUAAUCCUUGCCAGAUUAUUGACAGCUGGCAAACAAGCAAAGGAAAAGAUGAUAUAAUUAUCCGCCUUUGCGCCUAUGACUACUCAGAAGAUGAAAAAUCCAAAGAAGGCGGAUGGAGCUAUAUAGCUACCGCCAUUCAAGCUGGCACAGCUGGUAACGAAACUUUGCCUACAAUUUCUUUAGUAUUUGGUGGUAGAAAAAAUGGCCUAAUAUCUAUGUAUGAUGCUAGAGAUUAUGGAACACCUAUGUAUGAAAUAGAGGGACAUGGAGCUGAAAUUACUGGCAUGGAAGUUAACCCACUCAGAGAUCAAAUCAUUUCUUCCGCAAAAGACAACACAGUUAAAGUUUGGCGGGUACAUGCAUUUUCAGAAGAAAAAUUGGUCCCUAUUAUGCUGUUUUACUGUGGACAAUUACCUCAUCAUUUAGCAGUUAUUGAUCAUAGAUUAAUGGUUGCAUUCCAUGAACCCUCCAAAGGCGAUUUUUCGACAGUUAUUUACAACGUAAUACAUAAAAAUCGUAACAAUCAUAAUGCAGAAGAUGACCACACAGAACAUAUUACGGGUUUGGCGGCUUGUCCAAAGAUGAAACUAUUUGCCUCAUCUAGUAUGGAUGGAACAGUCAGAAUUUGGGAUGAAUAUAGCCAAUUACAACGGGUUAUUAAAUUAAAUGCAAAAGCAACUGGAAUAACAUUUUGUAGCGAUCGUGGUGAUAUCCUCGUAGGAAUAGGAAGUCAUGUUCAUAAAAUCUGUCAUCAAGAUUAUCUACCUGACAGUUAUCUAAGACAUAUGGUAGUAAUGCAAUUUCCGAAUGUCCUUAAAAAUCGCGACGUAAAGCAGCAUUACGAUUACAUUGAAACAUUACCCCAUAUGGAUAAAAAACGUUUACAGAUCGCCAAGCCAACAGCUCAUGUAGCUAGCGAAUAUGUAGACGUACUGGAUGAUGAAGAAGCAUUAGAGCAGCGAAUGCAACGAGAGACGAAAGAAAAGGGCUAUGCUAGCAUUAAAGCUCGUGAAGAAGAAUUAGAUGCAAUCACCCAAGGCAAACUUUCAGUUCGGCCACCGAAACCAAAAACAAAACCUAACGUCAAUAAAGUAGCACUUAAAAAAUACUUGGAUCUCUUUUAUAACUCUAUUUACUAUAAAAAGACAAAAGUCACUAUUGAGAGUGAUGAUGAAGAUGCAUAUCAUUCUGAUAGCUCAUCAAAAGAUGAAAAUUCAUCAUUCAAAAUUCCUCAAUAUCCGCAGACAGGAUUCUUUCGCAGGCCUGCUAAAAAGCAACUAAUACGCUAUCAAUUAGUGGAUGAUGCAGCACUUGCUCCAGAUGGAUAUGUUCCUAAUUCAAUUUUGGCUCGGGCUUUAUUUCAAGAUGAUGAUACAGAUGAUGAGAAUUUCUGGAAUGAUCAGAAUUGGGAAUUACCACAAUUAACGACGGAACAAUUAGCUUUCUUAGACAGUAGAAAGACUCCAGUCAUUGCUAUGAUUGAUAAAUAUAACAAGAGCAUUAUGACUAAAAUUCCACCAGAUGAAAAUGAAUCUCCUGAUAUACCACAGUCGACAAGCUAUUAUGAAAGAUUGCAGAAAGCAUUAAGAGAAAGCAAUUCACCAGAUGUUACAGACGAUUCACGAAAUGAUACCCCAAUAUCAGGCGAUGAAGACGACCCAGAGAUUUAUCCUAGAACACCUGUAGAAAAGCAUCUAUCGAGACCACUUCGUGACAAGUUGAGAAAACAAUAUUUAAAGAAAAAAGAAGAGACCAAAAAGACUCCAUCACCAUCUCCAUCACCUUCCCCUCCGCCAAGAAUUCCAUCACCCGAGCCGCCUAAGAGAACCUUACCUAACUUUAUCGCUCAAUUUCAGGAUGACGAAUGGUUUCAAGAGGCCUUCCCUGAUAUUGAAGAUGAGUCAUUUCCAAAAAUUGAAAGUAUUGAGCAAUUCUUAGAUGCGCUAAUGAUCAAGCUUAAAUCGCCGAACAAUUCUACUAAAGUAGGAAUCCUAGAGGCCAUCUGUACCCUUCUAAAUCAAGUGGACGAUCCACUGGAAGAUAAACAAUUUCUAAUUCGUGCGCUUUUAGCAGAACUUAGAAAAGACAUCGUCAAUACGCGAGAUGGCAAAAAGAUUAUUAUAGCAGCCUUGAGAGCAUUGCAUAAACUUGGAGCAGAAUCGGAAAAGGCAUAUAUUGCUGAACUGUUAGUUCAAGCAGCAAGUGGUGAUGAAGAAAUUAGAAAUAUUGCCUUAACAAUUCUUUAUCAACUUGGGUUAUAUGAUCUACACAAUAUGUUGAUCAAGGAAAUAAAUUCCUGGGAUUUAAAGAAAAAGUUUUUAAAUAAUCGUGACAGAAAAAAUCAACUCAACAGCUUCACUGAAUCGUGGCUGUCUACUUGGAUUGAUAAAUUUUCCAAGCAUAUCGAGCACUAUACUAUAACUACAUCAAGAGAAGCAGUAAAACAAUCAAGAAAAAAGAGAAGUAAUCCAAAUAAAAUAGUCAAAGAUAUAUCGAAAGUUAAAUUUAAAGAUAAAGCAGAGGAAGGCAAUGCGCAAUCAUUUGGUUUUAUAGUAACCGAUUAUUUGAAGAAAAAGGCUGCUUUACUUAACUUUCAACCAAACAAUGAGAAUGUAUCGGAUCGGCCUGAGAUUUCUCCUGACUCAACAGAAAUAGCAGCGUUUAUUACACCUCUGGAAGCAAUUAAUUAUUUCUGUGAAUUUACUCGAGAAGAAGAGCUAGAAAAAUCUCGCCAAGAAUCGAGGCGAAAGUCGAAAGAACAAGAAACAAGGAAGAAUGCUAUAUUAGCAUUACCGAAAAUUAAUGUCAAACCAUGCUUAGCUCGAAUUGGCGAAACUCAUGUUAGUGCCUGUCAUCCUCAUAGAGAAGCUAUGCAUACCAAAGUUUUGCCAUCAACUAGAGAAUCAAGGCAUUCAGGAUUUACAAAUGCUUUAGCCCUACGAAUGAAUGUUAUGACACUUGCUCCAUUUGCGAAUGAAGAUCCUCAGUAUUACGGUUACUAUAAAGACAAUACUUUAUUAAUUUUACAAUCGUCUCAAAAAUAUUUUGUACCUAGUCGUUCCUAUACUGCUGCAGUUUGA